AUUAACUUUUUUUUUCGCAUACAAAAAAAUAAAAAUUCAUAAAAACAAGAAGAAGGAAAGAAUGAUACAGAGAAGAGAAAAAUAUACAAUAAAAUUAUAAGAAAUGCAUUGAAUCCUUUUGUAUUUAUAUUUUCUCUGUACGAAUAAAUUAUUGAUGCGGUCUUUUUCUGCGGCAAUAUUGAACCAAAAACUUCGUGAAAGAAAACAAAGUUGUGAAUGUGAACGAUUCAAGAUGAAAUUAAGAUAAAAUAGUGUUAAAGAACAAAUAAUAUGCCCAUGAAAACUUCAACAUAAGCGCACCUUUCAACACAAAAUUAACACAUUAAAAAACAACUACACGAAAAAAAAUUAUUUUAAAGGAAAUAACAAAACUGUGCAUGUCCUCUCUCCCGUGCAUACGCAAUAAAAGUAUUUGUUCAGACAAGACAUAAACAAUCAGUAUUAUUUAAGACGUUGUGAGAAUAAAUAAACGCGCAAAUGGAAGUGUGUUGUUUAAAAAUGGCAUCCAGAUGCAGGUCACCUGGCGCCGUCGUACGUGACAUCACACGCCUUCCCAAUGCCACAACGUCGCACGAUUGCGGCUCAUUAUCACGUGUCGUGAUGGUACGGAAGACAGAUCAACGACUAAUUAACCACGUUGGUCCCAAAAAGGACCCGCAAUGCGAGUUGAUCACAUUAGAAACGAUUCAAACGUAUCGCGGGCACAAACCCGAACGAACAGUUGUCAUCAAAAAGUCACGCGAUCUCUCAAAUAGCGAAAUGAGGUCUUCUCUGUCGCCCUGUCGAUCUUUGCUGAACUCCACGAGCAGCGAAAAAGAUACAAGAAGUCUUCUCACAAACGGCACCGAUGAAAUUGACGGAAGUUUUGACAUGACAGACUCGAAUGCGAACUCGAACGAUAAGAACAACAACGAAAACUCCCCCGCGGUCCUCAAUAAAAUGCAACAACGAGCUUCCGUGCGUGAAAGUAGUGUGAGUUUCGCGACUUCCACAGAAAGUCUCGUGGAACGAUUGAAGUCGAGUGAGCGUUUUAGCAACCGGAAAUCGAAAUCGCCGUCGCCAAUUGUUCGGAGAUGCACGAGCGCCGGCACCGGAUUCACAGACUUUGAAAUUGAUUGUCUCAAGGCGCACAACGAAUAUCGCAGCAAACACGGCGUGCCUUCGCUGAAGCUCAAUAAACGGUUGUGUCGAUAUGCGGAGGAAUGGGCGCGAGUAAUUGCCGCUCGCGGGGUCCUGGCGCAUCGCAGUAACAGCGAAUAUGGCGAAAAUAUCUUUUGUGUGUGGAGUUCGAGCGUUUUGGCGACGGGCGUUGUGAGCGGAAGAGAACCUGUCGAUAAUUGGUAUAGCGAAGUCGAUAAACAUGUGUUCGGAAAGGAGCCAAGUACGCUGAAAACGGGACAUUUUACGCAAGUUGUGUGGAAGGAUAGUCGGGAAUUGGGCGUUGGUGUUGGAAGUAAUAGAUCUGGUCAAACUUAUGUCGUAUGCAAUUACGAUCCUCCCGGCAAUUUCAUCGGCAGUUUCUCGGAAAAUGUUCCCCCAAUCGGCGGAUUUCCCAUACCAAAGAUCGUCAUCGACAAAUCGUAUGACUCUGACACUCCCGAUGACUUUACUGAUUUUGCCAAAGCUAUGUUGCGCCAUCACAAUGAAUUCCGGAAACGACAUGGAGCACAUGAGCUAAAAUUAAACAAAAUCCUCACCAAAGACGCACAACAUUGGGCCGAAAUCCUUGCGCGCGACGAUCGCUUCACGUAUCGACAGAAUUCCGCGUACGGCGAGAAUCUUUACUGCCUUUGGUCGUCGGAUCGCAAUGCAAAAGUGAGCCCCAAGGAAAUUUGUCGUUCGUGGUAUGACGAAGUGAAGGAAUAUAAUUUCGAUACGGAACCACGUGGCGUUUUGAAGGCAGGGCAAUUUACGCAACUCGUCUGGAAAGCGUCGAAAGAUCUCGGCAUCGGCAUGGCGAAGACAAAAAAGGGAAAAGUUCUUGUUGUGGCAACGUAUUAUCCGCGUGGAAAUAUUAUCGGGCAGUUUAUGCUGAAUGUGGGACGAGGAAGAUUUUAAAAAAAACUGAAGGAGAAGGAAAGAAAAGACUUUUGACAUGAAAUUUGUGCCAUCCCCGCGGUUUCCCGAUUUUUAUUAGAAAAAAAACAAACGAAAUGGAAAAUUUUUUGCAUGCUUUUCUUUGUAAAUUAACGUUUUUUAGUUUUAGGUCAAGUAUUUAUGGAAAAAAAUAAUAAAUUAACAGUGAAAUAUUUAAAAUAAGGCAAAAAUUCUAAAUUUUUAAAAAGGUAGCGAGCUCGAUAUGUUUUGUUUUCAGCUAACGUUCUUGCAAUAAAAAAUGU